AUGCCCCACCAAGACCCGUUGGUAUCUGCCGGGAACCUUUGCACCCCAGGUGCACCAAACAACGCCAAUUAUAACAACAAUCCAGUACCGGUAAUCAUGCAGACGGACUCAAGGGACAAAUGGAGCAAAAAGAUGGAUUUUCUGUUAUCCGUCAUUGGCUUCGCGGUAGACCUUGGAAAUGUUUGGCGAUUUCCGUACAUCUGUUAUCAAAACGGCGGUGGGGCCUUCCUCAUCCCUUACAUCCUGAUGGCUAUUUUUGGAGGGGUACCUCUUUUCUACAUGGAGCUGGCUUUGGGACAGUUCCACAGGACUGGUGCCAUUUCCAUAUGGAAGCACAUUUGCCCCAUUUUUAAAGGCAUCGGGUUUGCGAUCUGCAUCAUCGCCCUUUAUGUGUCCUUCUAUUACAACACCAUCAUCGCCUGGGCCCUCUUUUACUUCUACUCCUCAUUCAGUAGCACUCUACCCUGGACCAACUGUGACAACGUCUGGAACACCCCCAACUGCACCAAUUACUUCGGAGAAGACAACAUCACGUGGACCAACUUUUCUCGUUCUCCGGCUGAGGAGUUUUACACGAGGAAUGUUCUGGAGAUCCACAAGUCAUCUGGGCUGAGCAAUGUUGGCAUCAUCCGCUGGCAGCUUAUGCUCUGCCUCUUCCUCAUCUUCACCAUCGUCUACUUCAGCCUGUGGAAAGGGGUCAAAACCUCAGGAAAGGUCGUGUGGGUGACAGCUACACUGCCCUAUGUGGUGUUACUGAUCUUGCUGAUUCGUGGGGCCACUCUACCAGGGGCAUGGAGAGGUGUGGUCUUCUAUCUCAAACCUCAGUGGGAAAAACUUCAGGAGACCAGUGUGUGGGUGGAUGCAGCUGCUCAGAUCUUCUUCUCUCUGGGUCCUGGCUUUGGUGUGCUCCUUGCUCUCUCCAGUUAUAACCCUUUCACCAACAACUGCUACAGAGACGCCAUCGUGACCAGUUUGGUGAACUGUUUAACCAGCUUCGUCUCAGGCUUUGUCAUCUUCACCGUGCUGGGCUACAUGGCUGAGAUGAGGCAGGUCAACGUUGAGGAAGUGGCCAAGGACAAAGGACCCAGCCUUCUCUUCAUUACCUACCCAGAAGCCAUUGCUAACAUGAUGGGCUCAACCUUUUUCGCCAUCAUAUUCUUUGUCAUGAUGAUUACACUCGGACUGGACAGCACGUUUGGAGGCCUUGAGGCUAUUAUAACCGCGGUGAUGGAUGAGUAUCCGGACUACCUGGCCCACAGACGGGAGCUGUUCGUAUUGGGUCUGGUUAUUGUGUGCUUUUUGGGCUCUCUCAGCACCCUUACAAACGGAGGAGCAUAUGUAGUAAAACUACUGGAGGAAUUCGGUGUCGGGUGCUCCAUCAUCGCUGUGGGUUUUCUUGAGGCUAUCGCCGUCUCUUGGUUCUAUGGUAUUAAGAGAUUCAGCAAUGACAUAAAAGCGAUGCUGGGCUAUACUCCCGGAUUGUUCUGGAAAGUAUGUUGGGUGGCCAUCAGUCCAGCCUUUCUAGCAUAUAUCAUAGUGAGUUCCCUGCUGAACCAGCCUCCCCUCACCCUCUUUGACUACAAAUACCCCGACUGGAGCAUCACGGUGGGCUACAUCAUCGGCUUUUCCUCCUUCAUGUGGAUCCCAAUAUACAUGGUGUACAAACUCGUGUGGACCCCUGGAUCUCUGAAGCAGCGCUUGGCAGUUUGCCUGAGGCCGGAGAGGACUUUGCCAGACCUCCACACCGACUCCCUUGGCUUGACCCCUGUACCUUAG